UAUUCUAAUUAAUUUUCCCUCUCCCAAACCAUUUUUAGAUGUAAAAAAUUCAAAAAAAUUAAAAAAAAAUUCAAAAAAAAAAUUUGGCAUGUUCGAAUUUCUAAAAUGCUGGUUUUCUGCAAUUUGCAAAUUUAUUGAAGAAACGGUAAGGCUUCAAGGAUACGGAGCUAUUCCUUAUUUGAUGGCAAUUAAUUCGCUUUUUUGUUUUGUUUGUUUUUAUGCUUCUAGAGAAGUGCAAUUACGUGUACUUUAUGGCCUUGUUGGUUCAAUUCUUGUCAAGGAUUUAUUAUUAACAAAGAAACGGCAACACCCUAUGUUGGCGGUGCUCUCAUGGUGCUUUGCUGAUGUUUUUAAAUCUAUCUCCGUCGGAUUCUUCCUUUAUUCAGUACACAUUCUAACUGAAGGGGUAGACGAAAGAAAAGCAUUUUUUGCAUCUCUUGCCGCAGUUUUUUGUCUAAUAAUUUCCCCUGUUUAUCACCACCACCAAACAAAUGAAAAAUUGGCAUAUUAUGCAAAAAUGAUUUUAAAUUGGUUAAAGAAUGUUUUGAUAUAUUUAAUUAUUCAACCAAUUUUAUGGUUAUGGGAAUGGACAAAAUUUUUGUUUUUAUUUCGUUGGAUGCCUAUUUUAACCAAUCAAUUAUUAAAUUUACUGUCUACAAUCAAAAAUUGGGUAAACUUGUACUUUUGGCAGCCAAUUUGCACUUUUGGCAAUUUUUUAAAAUUGUGGUUUCAAUAUUUAUUUUAUUUUUAUUGGUUUGUUGAUUUAUGGAAUUUUACAAAAAGUAGACUACUCAAUCCUUUAUUUAUUCAACUUGAACGUUUACUUGAUUUUUUUGUUUAUAUUUUUGGUUGUUAUUGGCUUAAACCUGCGCUUUUAUAUAUUGGAAGGUAA